CUGGAAAAACAGCUCGGCCUCACACGCCCUGGAAACACUCGACAAUCAUAACAUCAGAUCGUUGUCCGCAUACCGCGAGCGAGUGCUGUUUUUUUAAUUAUUAUUUUUUGUUACUUAGCGCCGGAGGAACUCGCAGCCAAAAUGAGUAAAAUCACGAAAUUCUUCAAGGGGAGUUCGAGCUCCGGCUCGUCGUCGUCGUCGGGGAGCAAGUCCAAACACCAUCACCGGUCCAAGGGGGGGCCCUCUCCCCAGGAGGCCAUCCACAAGCUCCGGGAGACCGAGGACAUGUUGAGCAAGAAGCAGGACUACUUGGAGAAGAGGAUAGAGCAGGAAGUCAUCAUAGCCAAGAAGCACGGCACGAGAAAUAAGAGAGCUGCCCUGCAGGCCCUGAAGAGGAAGAAGCGCCUGGAGCAGCAGCUGACGCAGAUCGACGGCACGCUUUCCACCAUUGAGUUCCAGCGGGAAGCUCUGGAGAACUCGCACACCAACACGGAGGUGGUGAGAAACAUGGGCUAUGCCGCCCAGGCCAUGAAGAAGGUCCACGAGAGCAUGGAUCUGAACAAAAUAGACGAUCUGAUGGAGGACAUCAACGAGCAGCAAGACGUGGCCCGCGAGAUCAACGAUGCCAUCUCCAGACCAUACGGCGAAACUUACGACGAGGAUGAGCUGCUGGCCGAGCUCGAGGAGCUGGAGCAGGAGGACUUGGACGAGAACCUGAAGAGCAUGGGAGGUCUGCCCUCGGUGCCCAGUGCAAGACUGCCCUCGGCUCCAUCAGGACACUUAGCGCACCGCGCAACGGCCAGAAGACGGGCUGAAGACGAGGACGACAUGCGCAUGCUGGCGUCGUGGGGAUCAUAAGACUUUUUUUGGGGGGUGAAGGGGUGGGGUGAGACCCUGACAGAUUAGCAUUUUUAAUUUCUCAGGGGAUUUUAAUCUAUUGGCACCAUGUCAGGACAUGUUCCUCAUCUGUUCAUCGAGCAGCCGCAACCACACUGAAGGAAAUUGUUACUGUACUUCCUGUCGCUUUUGUUUUCUGUUUUAUCUUCAGAUUUCCUAAGAAUUGUCUCCAAGCAACUAACUGAAGGAUUUCCAGCACUGAGCAGAUCAAACUCCACUCUACAAGUCACACAGAAGUAGAUAAACUCUUGCUGCAUUGUAAAUAUUUUUGCUUUUAUGUUCAACUAUAAUAAAAAACACCGUCCUACACUGA